UUUUUAAAAAAAUUAUCAAGUGCAUCUAAAAGUGGAUGAAUAUCCCAAGACACUGAAAUUUAGUCUCUUUUUAAUGAUAGCAAUAUUUAAUUUCAUUCAAAUAAAGUUCUCUUUCUAUUUAAGUCAGCAUCAUAUAUCUUCCAAAAACCUGAUCUCAAGUGCAUAAGAUUAUCAUAUUUUUGCAUCUUUAUUUGACAAGGCGAAUAAAUUGAAAAUAUUGUUUACAAAUUCUCCACUUUGACCUUCACACAAGACACGAUCUUGAAAGCAAACGCAAACUAGACAAAUUUUUCUUAAACAUUGAUCUCGAUUAGUUUGUAAAGAUUACUCGGUAUUUUAAACCAGCGGAUAUUUCAUUUGUUACCUAUUAUCCCAAUGAAAAACUUCUAUAACAAUCUAUAUCCUCAGGAUUUGAAGAAAAAAAACGAUUUGAACUAUCUUCAUGAAACCGGAAACUAUCGCAAGUAUUGAAAUUCUAACUUCCUGUUUUGUGAUAAAUUUCCUCUAUGGCGCUUCAGUAAGAAUGGUUGCAUUGUUUUUCGUGGAAUCUAUUCAUUGAUUUGAAAUUAAUCGAAAACAAGCAUCACUUCCAUAUGUUCUGCCUUUUGUAAUGAAACAUCUUUGUGGUCCCCUUCAAGGAUAUUUACAGCAACUUUUCCAAACGAAAUCAAUCAUUGUUUUCGCAAAUGUGGGAACAGUAAUCAGCAUUGGUGCUUGUUUCUUUGCAGAAGACAUUUUAACAGUAACAAUCUUAUGGGGUCUCAUAUUUGGUAUUUGUCUUGGCCUUGGAAUUCAGUAUUUGCCACUACUACUUAAUGCCCAUUUCACAACAAACCGAAGUAAAGCUAAUGGCUUUGCAUAUUCAGGAGGAUGUUUUGGAGCUGCAGUGAUGCCAUUAAUAAUGGAAAUAUGUAUAGAGUACUACGGACUUAAUGGAUCAUUCUUAAUUUUAUCUGCUAUCGUGGCAAAUGUUAUACCAUUCUCUAUGUUACUGAAAUCACCAAAAGAAAAUUCACUAAAUAAAGUUCACAAUCAAAACGCUAACAUGAAAGUUAGUUGUAUUGAAAUGAAAGACACUGAGAAAACACCGUCUUUUCUAAGUCCCGGUGAUAAUAAUGCAAGCCAAAACUUACAUAACAAGUUAUUUCCAUCAAAUGACACUGAAGCUGCGAAUUUUGACGUCAAUAAAGAGACUGAAAACAAAUCUAACCGCCCUGUAGAAAAUAAAAAUCUAAAAGCUAAGCCAUUAUCAGCUUUUACUCUUCAAAAUUUUAAAAUUUUCAUAGACCCAGCCUUCAUUAUCAUACUACUUAUGUCUACCGGCACAAUAUACAUAACAACAGUUACGUUUACAAUCAUUCUUGAUUUUGUACGCGACAAAAAUGUUGGAGCCAACCUUGAGGUUUAUUAUGUCAUGAUAUUGGCUCUAGCAGAUAUAUGUGGAAGAAUAGGAUCUGGAUUUGUUAUAGACAAACAAAUUUUACCUUCACCUACUACUACUUCAAUAUGCUGUGUGUGUACUGGAUUAUCUUGUCUUGGUCUAUUAUACAUUAAUAAUUAUUUACUUCUGAUGUUUGUGGAGUUCUUGCUUCCUUUAUUUUUUGGAUCUAACUUGAUUUUACAAAUUACCUUAAUACAUGAAUACAUGCAACCAGAGAAAAGAAGCAUGGCAAUGGUUUGUAAAACGAUCUUGUACGCACCAUUAAGCUUUGCCAUAUCACCCAUGAUUGGUUAUUUCAGAGAAGAGCAUGGAUCUUACGAUGGCGUUAUGUACACUCUAACGGGUAUUUCCUUUUUCUCUGGAUUCAUCAUUUACUUCGUCCCUCAUUUAGCGAAAAGAAGACGGGCAAUAACUUCAAACAAUGUGACAUAAUUUCAUGAAGAAUUUGUUGAAACGCAUGCUAACAUUUUUUAUAUUUCAAUUUUUCCCUUAAUUUACAGAAAUAUUUGUUAUAUUGAGGCUUAUUGUAAUAGUUUAGUACAAAUUCUUUUCAAUAGUGGUUGGUAGUAUUUAGUUUCUUUGUAGAAUUCAAGUAUUAUGAACGUUUCAGAUACAUUUUAAUUUGGAUAUGAUGUAGGGAUAUAUAUCCCAGAAAAAAUGAAUAAAAUCGCAUAGGAAAAAUUUA